AUGCAUAUUCUUGAAAAAGAUCUUUUGAAUAUUAAAGGAUUAAGCAUACCUGAAGAAGAGUUAAGUGAGAUUAUUCAUUCACAGAACUUGAAAGCUGCAUUUAUUAUGUUCCAUUAUGAUAAAGAUUCAAUCAUUCCAUGGUGUGGAGUUUUUCCUCAAAUUAAUGAACUUUUUGUUGGCCAUGUAGUUGAUAUAGCUAAAGUUGAUGAUGAAUGUCAGAAUAUUCUCCACUAUGCAGCUAUUUAUAACAACUAUAAAUUAUUUAAAUUUUUAUUCAAUUCUAAUGGAAAUAUUAUAUUAAAUAUAAAUGCUCAAAAUAAAUAUAAACAACGUCCAAUUAAUAUGGCAGCAGAAAAGAAUAGUUUUGAAGUAAUCGCAGUUCUUAUUGCUCUUGAUGUAGAUGUAGAUUCUCAAGAAAGUCAUUCUAUUACUCCUCUUAUGAUGGCUGCAGAACAUAACUCUAAAGAAGUAGCAGAAUUACUUCUUCAAUAUGGAGCAGAUGUUAAUGCAAAACAUAAAUUCAGAAAAAUACCUCUUCAUUACGCAGCAUAA